CGGCCCGCGCGCUCUCGCCGCCGUCGCCGGGCCGGAGCGGGAGCCGGAGCGGAGCUGGGGCCGGGGCCGGGGCCCGGAGCGGGCGGAAUGGAGCCCCCGCGCGCGCCCGCUCUGUGCCGCCUGCUGCCGCCGCUGUUGCUCCUGCUGCUGCCACUGCCCCCCCGCGCCCGGGCCAAGUACGUGCGGGGCAACCUCAGCUCCAAGGAGGAUUGGGUGUUCCUGACAAGAUUUUGCUUUCUUUCGGAUUACGGCCGACUGGACUUCCGUUUCCGAUACCCUGAGGCCAAGUGCUGUCAGAACAUCCUCCUCUAUUUCGACGACCCAUCCCAGUGGCCGGCUGUGUACAAGGCAGGGGACAAGGACUGCCUGGCCAAGGAGUCAGUGAUCAGGCCUGAGAACAACCAGGUCAUCAACCUCACCACUCAGUAUGCCUGGUCAGGCUGUCAGGUAGUGUCAGAGGACGGAACCCGCUACCUGAGCUGCUCCAGUGGCCGAAGCUUCCGCUCGGUUCGUGAAAGGUGGUGGUACAUCGCACUCAGCAAGUGUGGGGGAGAUGGGCUGCAGUUGGAGUAUGAGAUGGUCCUCACCAAUGGCAAGUCCUUCUGGACACGGCAUUUCUCGGCUGAUGAGUUUGGGAUCCUGGAGACAGAUGUGACUUUCCUCCUCAUCUUCCUCCUCAUCUUCUUCCUCUCCUGUUACUUUGGAUAUUUACUGAAAGGUCGCCAGUUGCUCCACACAACUUACAAAAUGUUCAUGGCUGCAGCAGGAGUGGAGGUCCUGAGCCUCCUGUUUUUCUGCAUCUACUGGGGCCAGUAUGCCACUGAUGGCAUUGGCAACGAGAGUCUGAAGAUCUUGGCCAAGUUGCUCUUCUCCUCCAGCUUCCUCAUCUUCCUGCUGAUGCUCAUCCUUCUGGGGAAGGGAUUCACAGUGACACGGGGCCGAAUCAGCCACUCGGGCUCCGUGAAGUUGUCUGUCUACAUGACCCUGUACACUCUCACCCACGUGGUGCUGCUCAUUUACGAGGCCGAGGUUCUUUGCCGUUCCUGUUAUGGCCCUGAUCGCCAACUUCGGGAUCCCCAAGUGGGCCCGGGAGAAGAUUGUCAAUGGCAUCCAGUUGGGGAUCCAUUUGUAUGCCCAUGGCGUGUUCCUGAUCAUGACACGCCCGUCGGCGGCCAACAAGAACUUCCCGUACCAUGUGCGCACGUCGCAGAUCGCCUCAGCCGGGGCCCCCGGCCCGGGAGGGAGUCAGUCCACGGACAAGCCCUUCCCGCAGCACGUCUAUGGGAACGUGACGUUCAUCAGCGACUCGGUGCCCAACUUCACGGAGCUCUUCUCCAUCCCCCCGCCCGCCUCCUCCGCCGGGAAGCAGGUGGAGGAGACGGCGGUGGCGGCGGCGGCGGCCCCGAGGGGCCGCGUGGUGACCACGGCCGAGCGGGGCGCGGCCUCCCCGCCCCUUCCCGCUCGGUUCCCCAAGGCGGCCGACCCAAGCUGGGAUGGCCCGACGCCGCCCUACCAGCCGCUCGUGCCCCAGACGGCGGCGCCGCACACCGGCUUCACCGAAUACUUCAGCAUGCACACGGCCGGGGGCACCGCACCCCCGGUCUGAGCACCCUUGCCCACCCCCGCCCCAUGGGCCGCACGCCGGGCCCCGGCCGGGCUCCGGAUCCCCGCUCUAUCCCGGCCCCAGGGCUCUGCCAUCCCAGGCCUUCCCGACCCUCCCCACCCCUCGCGCCCAGCCCCUGCCCCGAGCGGCGCCGGAUUCUGGGCUCCCGCUGUUCCGAGACCUACGGCCCCCUGGCCCCCUUCGAGACCUCUGAUCCCGCCGGACCCCGGAACACCAGGGACGAUCGUCGGGACCCUGCCCGUGACUCUCCAGGACUCCGCGACCCCGAGCCAUUGCUACUGGGACGGAUAUUGUGAAUCUGGUCUCGACUCUGAAACCUUCCCUUGGAUCUCUGUGACCUCGGACCCGUGCUCUGCCCACCCUGUCUCCAUCCGGGGGCCCUCCCUCAGGUCCCCGGCAGAAAGACUUUUUCCCCUCUUGCCAAAAUAAAGCGGAUUCGUUAAGUUUU